GGUAUUGCAUAGUUUUGUCGCCGUUUUGGUUCAUGUUAGUAUUUGUCGUGAAAUAUUGUUAUUUGUUUCGCCUAUUGUUAGAUGUAUAAUAACUUCCUUCGCAGAUCCACAACACUACAAUGACUUGUUUAUGGGGAAACGGCAUGUCUGUUGUGGUUCAUGUAGAAUUAUGUACAACGCCCUAAGCAAUCAACAAAGAAGAAAUAAAUGAGAUAUUCCGUUUAAAAAUAAAAAAGCAACAACGGGGAAAUGUGCCGAAACUCUCCUUUUUCAUUUUCUCAUUCUCCUGCCGUUAGAUUUGUUCUUAUGUUAUGGCUUGGUGAUUUCCAGUAAAUACCAUUUCUUUUACUAUUUUCCGUUAGUGAUAUUGUCGCUAACUCAGUUUUUACAAUAUCGACCCAUUUCUUAUAGACGAGCCUUGUUAUAAAUUACCUUGUCUAACUAUCUAACUAGAACCGUGUGACCAAUUUAUGACCUCCACUCGGGCUAAUAUUUUGAAGCACCUACAAAUUUCGAUUUGGAUAUCUAGUGAAAAGCAUGUUUCCUAUUUUAUGCUAUUUAAAGUGUGAUAAUAUGAUGACUCAUGGUUUCCUGUUGUUAUUAGUUACCAGUUAGUGUCUGUAGACAUGUACGUCGUGUAUGGAAUGGUACGACGAUGUCAUCUAGUCAUAAGCUUUAGCAAAAAUAAUGUAUAAACUGAAAAAUUUGUGGUUCAUUAUACACAAACGGUAUUGUCGAGUUUUAAAAAUGAGUUUGUUGUGAAGUAUUUCUUUACUGAAUUACUUAUUUUUUGCGACUUUAGCUACGACUGAUUCUACCGUAAAAUGUCACAUAUCUGCAUAGGAUCAAUCCCAAUUGUUUACAGUCAUUUAGUGACGACUGAAUACAGUGAUGAUCUGAAGAGUGAAAAUAGAACGAUUCUCGUCAAUCGUGUUUUCGUCUUAAUAUUUGAUAUGCAGUGGUAAUCACAACAUAUGCCUGCAUCUUAAAUGAAAUUCUCAUGCUAGAUUUGGUACUCAGGUUAUAAGGAACAUAACAGUUCCACAUGUACAUGUGUUCCUCCUUUGAAGAUGAAUGUAGUGAUGAAGACUAGAAAAUAAUCCACUAAACAAAAAUUCUUAACUUACUUUAACCAAACCGUUAUUUCGAUCAGAAAUUUAUGAACUUUACGUAGUCACGAUUCUUUAAUAUCUUGUAGCAAAUCAUCAUGCGUUAUCACAAACCUUCUUAUCAAUCUGAAUAUAGAAAUAUACACACCCUUAUAGUCUUAAUUUUAAACUUCCUUUGUAGAACAUGGUUGAGAAGACUGAGGAUUUGAAGAACUCACUAACGAAUUCGGUUAAUGAUUUAGGAUACAUUCCGUCUGGUCGUUUACGACGUAAAGUUGGCAAUUUCAGCUUGGAGUUCCCUUUCACUCGAUUCAUGCUGAUGCUUGACAAGAAUAUAAUGCCUGAGUCGAACGCAGACGAUUCCGUACCUGUUGAGAAUGCCUGGGUGAAGUUCGCCGCAACGGCGUCUGCACACGUCUACAAAAAUGUUGGUGAAUCGGUUUCCAAACCCCUUCGAAAAUGGCUGGCGAAUGCUGCCAGUGCUGUGAUUCUCGCUGGACUACUUGCAGAAGUGCCCGAGUCGUCAGAUUCAAAUGAACGAUCUGCUUCUGACGGAGAAUCACCUGUCGAACAUGUCUCCACACCUGAAAGAGUAGUAAAGAAUCGUCAAGAUGGUGCCUGGUACUAUGGCCGUUGGACUGUUGACAAUGUGGCCAGUAGUUGUGAAAUGAUGGAUGUGAUCGAUGUUGAAAUGACAGAUGCAUGUGUUCAAGUGAUGAUUGCUGCUGUUGUUAAUGAGUUCCAAGAGGGCUCACACGUUCCGUGUAGGUUGUUGGGAGACAGUUAUGCAAGUGCGAUACUGAGAAGCGAUCUAAUGGAUAAGUAUGGAUUAACAGACGAACAAGACAAAAUUGAAGCAAUGCGUAUCACUGGUAGUUGGGUCUCGAAACUGCAUGUGUUUCACAUGGCGACGAAGCAUCGUAAUUUGGAACAUCCAAUCAGACCUAUAAAUAACGUUGGUUUGGUGCGUCCUCUGAAACUAGAUAUCAGUCAGUGUUUCGAGGACUUGCCAGCUGGAUGUGCCCGUACACGAAUCGCACAUAAGAUUGCUAGUCGAAUGGUGAGAUCAGUGUGUAUAGUGUUUUUCGAAGAUUUGAAUGAAUUGAUUGAGUUGCGGAGGCUGUACCGUCGCAUAUCCAGUGAUCCAUUUUAUUAUCACACUGGCUGUGAAUAUUUGACGAAUUCAUCUCGACCGUCAGUCGGUUACAAGUUGAGUAGUAUAUUUGGUCGAUUGGUCACCUAUCUGAGUGUUUUUGAGCCGAAUAGUCAACUGUUUGCUUAUCCACAGUUGAAGAUGAAUGGUAGAACUCAAGAACAACGUUAUGUUGACUACAGUAAGAAUUGGAAGAAGAUACUAGAGACGAUUUAUACAGAGUUGUAUAUGCCAAGUGGGAGUCAUUUAUUGGAUGUACUUAGAAGUAGAUGCAAGAUUGCAGAAAAUAUUCCACAAAAUGAAGAACUUUUGAGAGAAUGUUGGAAUGAAUAUAAUGUCGAUUCAAAUAUUUCGGACUUUAUUUUCCGAUAUUCACUUAAUCGUUAGAUAUUGUCUGUUCAUUGACAACUCGAGAUUAAAACUUUGUUAUUAAAAGAUUUCAAUAUCAUAAUUUUCAUUCAUAAAAUCUAUUUUUUCCAUCACU